GGAACCAGUCAGGGAACAGAUGUUGGUGCUGAUCUCAUUAAAGACGAGCCAGUGGUCCUGCAGCAGACUGGACUUGUGCCUUUGAUACACGCAGCUAGCUGACUGCAUGCGGGUGGAAAGAUGCCCCCUUUCAACAUCUUAGAGAGCUGUUUCAUGGCAGGUCCUUAAACCUGCAGUUUUCAUUUCAUGUCUUAAAUGUGCAUGAAGGAAUUAAACUGCACAAGUGAAUAACAGCAUUAGUUUCAAUUAAUUUUUAUCCUGGCAACAAUAAACUUUAGAAACAAAGCGCUUUUACAUCCUUAAUUAGCCCUGCUUCCCAUCUGUAGUCUUUUAAGUGUCUGUUCCUUGAUUUAACUUUGUCCCUCCUUCAGAGCUGCUUUCUUUUUCAUUCUUUCCCUUUUUUUCUUGUUAUCCCUUCCAGACUGUUGUUUCUUUUCUGCAACCUUUCACCUCCCCUGUCCCUAUCUGUCUGCCUGGCUUUGUGCAGUUUAUUUCUACUGUAUUUUCCCAACAUCAACAGCAGUAUUGGUUACCAUGGCCCCAAGCUAUGUGCAGAGGUGGGAAAGCUUCAUCCGCCCAAAAGUUCUUACACUUUUGAAGUCUUUCUUUUAGUAGGAUCUGAAAUGUAUCAUCUAGAGUGUGUAUUAAAUGAACAGUAUUCCUAAAGGCUUUAGAGCAAGAAAGGCAACACCCUGGAAAAUUCUGCAGUCUUUCAGCAUUCUCUGCCCUAGGGUUAUAGCCUUGGGCAUGGAGCUGAAUGGAGCUCUUACAACUGCCUUCUGUUUACCUUUUAUGGUUAAAAUAACAGCUUAGCAAAGAAGCAACUUCAUGGAGAAACGAUUCAGUGAAAUCAUCUCAAGCUGUAGCAGCAGAGCUAGUUUAAUCACCCCUAGAGAGCUGAACAACUGUGAACACAAUGGGACACAAAAUCAUUUUGUGUGUAAAUGAGCAUGGCAUUGUGAUUAUUUCACUUUGCAUGGGCAAAUAGUUUUUACAAGCAGUACUUAUGCAGUUAGCUUAGAAAGGCAGGAAAAGAUGAGCUGGCUGGGAAAGAUCUUGGUGUGCAAUGUUUGAAAAACCAAAUAUUCAGAUAAUUUGGGAAUCAGGCUCUAUUGAUUUUGCCUUUAGCAGGCUCCUGUGUUACUUAUGAGAACAGGGUUAUUGCUUGUGCCACUGGUAGUGAUGUUAUACCCUCUUGUAGACAGCUGAAGAGUAGGGAUUAUUUUACAUGGUUUAAUAAAUGAAGUUUGUUAGUGUUUCUGCAAUAUUUACCCUAAAGGUUUUAAUUUCACAUCAGUAUUAGAAAACACAUGCACAAAGGCUUUCACAGGAUAAAUACUUUUAGGAUUUUAGCUUUGUGCAUAGAAGAAAUACAUUACUUGAGGCAGUGAAUUUUAGGUCAGUUUACAUGAGAGAAGAAGCUGAAGAAGGCAGUCAGUAAACUUAGGGUUAAGGUAGCCUAAAGAAUUUGGAAUAUUUAUAUUUAAGAUGAAUGGAAGUCCUUACCUGACUUAUGUAGUGUUUCAGCAUUAUGCCCUUUUGAUUAACAUAAAUAUGACUGGCUUCCAGAGCUUUCAUCAACAUUUUGGGUCAUUUUUUAAAUACUAAUCUUCAGUAACUAAACAAUAAACCUGCAUUUUAGUUCAUCUGCCCUUCCCCCUGCACACCCUCAGUAAGUAUGAAAAUCCAUAUAAGUUUGAAAACUAUUUCAGUUUGCUGGUGAUUUUCUAUAAUUAAGCGGUUUUUCAACACACACUCUAGCUGGGAGAUGCCAAAAGCAGAGGAUUGUUCAAAAGGUCCCUCCAGUGAAUAGUAUAAAUUAAAUAUCUCUACUGUAUGGGUAUGGCCUCAGUAAGAGUCUCAGACAGUUUGCAGAUCAAGGAAUUUGCUGGUAUACUAACAUUAAACAAAAUCAUAAGAUAGCAGCAGCGUUUAAAUAUGCACAAAUGGACUCAGAUCACUUGAUCUUUAGCUAUCUGUGCAUAUUUUAAAAUGUACGUCUGUAUUUCCAGACAAACAGUUAAAUAUAAGACUUGUUUAAAGAGUACUGCAAGUCCUUUGAUUUCAUUUAGAAAUUGUAUCAAGGGGUGUGGGUAAGCCCUAAUUAGGCAUAUUUUUUAUGUACAUCUACAUGAGAUGUAUUUCCAUAUACAGGCAGCUCUGUAUCCUGCAAGGUCUGUACCUUUAUCAUUAGUGAUAAUAGUUAGGGUCAGAACAAAGGCAAAGUUGACAUUUAGAACGUAGCUACUGACCCUUACAUUUAAGUGCAGAAUGCUCAUGAGUUUACAAUGCUCUUUGGUAGGGAAAAAAAUCUCUGUGUUGGUAGACGGAUAUAGCAUCCACAUAUGUAAAGCUAAAUGCUAAAAGACUGUGGUGGUUUAGAUGUUAAAUGGUUUUAAAAAGUUCUUUUAUUUGGGAUAUAUGACACAUUUCCUAAGAAUGCCUACACCAGGACUUUGUAGGAAGAAACAUCUUCAGUUGUUAAAAGGAUUCAAUCACUUUCCUUGAAGGUGGUGCUAUAGUAGAAAUGUUAAUGCCAAUUUCACGUCGACUGACACAGAAGUUCCAGGACAGUGUUGAUGUUUUGUUCGGUGUUCAGUGCAGAUGUCCAUUCUGCAUUUGAAGAAAAAAGGAUGUGGAUUCAUAAUGGGGAGGGAAGAAGCAUGUCCCGUCUGUCUCUAACACGAUCCCCAGUUUCUCCCCUGGCUGCUCAAGGAAUUCCUCUCCCAGCUCAACUCACCAAAUCCAAUGCUCCUGUGCACAUCGAUGUAGGAGGACACAUGUACACCAGCAGCCUGGCUACCUUGACAAAGUAUCCAGAUUCCAGAAUAAGUCGUCUGUUUAACGGCACAGAGCCUAUUGUCUUGGACAGUUUAAAACAACAUUAUUUCAUUGAUCGAGAUGGUGAAAUUUUCAGAUAUAUAUUAAGCUUCCUAAGGACAUCUAAAUUGCUACUCCCAGAUGACUUUAAGAAAUCUUGUAAUUUUACCAGCAUGAUUAAAGUGACAGAAGACAACAAUCAAAGGCUGCAAAUGGAAUCGUUUGGUGUUUCUAAAUGCAAAACACUAUUUGAGGACUUUAAUCUUUUAUAUGAAGAAGCAAAGUAUUACCAGCUGCAGCCAAUGAUUAAGGAACUUGAGCGAUGGAAACAAGAGAAAGAACAAAGGAAACAUUUCCAGCCUUGUGACUGCCUGGUUGUAAGAGUGACUCCAGAUCUCGGGGAAAGGAUUGCACUGAGUGGGGAGAAAGCUUUAAUAGAAGAGAUCUUCCCUGAGACUGGGGAUGUCAUGUGCAACUCUGUAAACGCAGGUUGGAACCAAGACCCGACCCACGUCAUUAGGUUUCCUUUGAAUGGAUACUGCCGGUUGAAUUCAGUGCAGGUGCUUGAAAGAUUAUUUCAGAAGGGAUUUAACGUGGCAGCUUCAUGUGGCGGUGGGGUGGAUUCCUCUCAGUUCAGUGAAUAUGUGCUGUGUCGUGAAGACAGAAGACCACAACCCACCCCAACGAUCAGAAUAAAGCAAGAGCCCCUGGACUAGAACCUCCCCUUUCCUCCUUUGUAACCGUAGAAGUGUUUAAUAGUCCCUCAUGUGAAACACUAAGGAUUUGCAAAACAGUAUUAGCAAACAAAUUUUGACUUUAUGUUGCCAAUUAGUGGUAUUCUCAAACUACCUGUCACCUAGCCAGCCAUGAAAUGCAUUUGAAAAACCAGUUGUUUGUUUUUCGUGAUGAAAUCACUGAGCAUGCUCAGCGUACCAGGCUUUGUGGGAACGUACUUUCAGCCAAGCAGCUGUGAUGUUGACAAAAGCAAAGCUUCACAACAUACUGACCCUUGAUUGGACUUCUGCAGAAAGACCUAUUAAAGCAAUUUGAAUACGUCAGCUGAAGAAAUGAAUCUGACAGCUUUCCCGACUGCCUCUCCCAUCAGUGACACAGUAAUGUAGGAUGCAGAGGCCCUCAAAAGGAAGAUGGUACAUUAAAAACUGCACUGAAUAUCUUCCCUGUCUGAAUGCCACACCUCUCAUAUCAAACGUGCUUUCCACCUCCAUAUGUUAUGUUACACUUCUGUGAUUGUACUCAUUCAUGCUAGCAAAUGGCUUAUUUUUAUACAUUUACAACUGAAAUAACUCUGUCCACAGAAUCAGAAAGGGACCAAGUCAUAGUCAUCUGGUGCUCAGUAUUUUAAAAGCAAUCGACAAGACUAAUCCUGGGCAAACUUUGCAAGGUAGGGAUCUGGUAGCACAAAUUAAAGUAAAGCCACUUGACCCUGAACUACGUAAGCCCAGGCCCCUGACACCCUUCUUUUAAAGCCAGUUUUGCUGUCUUUAACUCAGUUUCCAAGUCUUGCAUUAUCAGAGGAGCAGUCAUUCUGCUGAGCAAGUUCUGUUCCCCAUUUCUUAUUCACAUACUAAGCCUGGUUAGUGCCCAUAUGCCAGAAGUGAUGUUAAACGUUUUGGAUGCCCCCUACUCUUCAUGGCUCUGGAAUUUUUACUAUGUGAUGCUAAAACCCUAUUCUUCUCCUUAAUCGGACAGGAGCAGGCCAACUUUUGUUUGGAGAUUCUUUUCUACUAAUUUGAAACUACAACUAAAAUACUAAUUCUGUACCUGCUCUCUGCCUAUGUACUUUUCUCUUUAAAGCCGCCCUUUGUCUACUGGAGGCUACUGUUCCUUUAAUGAAUACAGCAUCAAUCUUCUGUCUUAUGCAGCUUCCUUAACUCAGGAGACAGCACCAUGUUUGCAGGUGCAAGUAUAUAAAUAGCAUUCUGCUAAAUCCUGUUUAUUGCUGUUUAGCAUGAUUGGGUCCUCAAUAACUAAUUCACGUGUUAAUCGCAAUUUAGUUUCUCCCACAUUAAUUUAUAGAACACUGUUGUAGACACUGAAUUUUAACUAAACUCUUUUUAGAUGUAUAAGUACAGCCAUAUAGAACAAGGGAAGAGUAUGAAGCAGUCAGCAAUAUUUGACAGUUCUCAGUCUCUAACUCCAAAUGAUUAAUUAGGCAGAAAUCAGGACUUAGAGGUGAGGACUAGAGCUUUCAGAAGCGACAAGUGAUUUUGGGGGCCCGAGCCGGAGUCUGUAUCCAGGCCAGAUUUUUGGAUGGUGCUGUGCACCUGGGUCCCUCUGAAUAUCAGCUUCGCAAACCGGACACCUGAAAACACAAGUCUCUUGUGAGGAUCUUAACAUGCUUGCAUUGGCCUGCUACCUUAGCAGAACAGUUGCCAGACACUUGGGCAAAUCUGUCUCCUUUAAAGAGUUUUAAAGCUAUUUUAUUUUGUGGUUUUAUACUCGUAUGACACUAAAUAAAAUUGCUAGGUACUGCCACAUUUGAAUAGAUGGCACGGCAUUCACCUAUGUAAGAUAUCUGUAGAAUUGUAUAUUAUACAUUUAAUAUUGUAAAAAACUUAACGUAUAAUUGUCAUGUAUUUGUGUAUACACAUUUCUUAUACAGUUCUUCAUGCCAUAAACAUUUCUGUAAAGUAAAAGAUCAAAAA